AUGGAGGGGGAUAUCAGCCUUUCCCAGUCUCUGGGCGGGCUACGUAUAGCGAACCCGGACAAUGCCUCAUUACAUUCUUCCGAGGACGCCUCGACUCCCGCUGCCACUACUGCUCCGCCAGCACAUACACCUUCGAAUGAUACAAACGAUGCAUCGUCAACGAUUGACCAGCAAGCAGGCGCAGUAUCACCGUUUCCUUCCCAAACCGACCAUCGAUUGUCCUACCAGUCAUACCACCCCGAUGUUCAGCAGCAACCCACAACAUAUUACGCCUCCCCGGUUCCCUCCCAACCACAGCAACCUAUCCCCUCGACUUCUUCGCGCCCGGUAUCGACAUUAUAUCCAAAUGGAGCUGGUCCAGCAUCGGCCGUACGAGAAGGCCCAUACCGUAUUCGCACAGACUCAGCGGCAUCAUCUGCUUCCGAAACCCUAGCACGGGCCGAAUCUCGUGGAGGGUCUGCAGCUUACCAGGCUGGAGUGCCCAUCCGUGAUAAUACUCAUAGUGACCGUUCCUAUCACACAACACAAAUUCCUCCAACGAAUGGCGCAGCGAUUAUGCGUCAGCCGUCUCGAGCGCGCGCCGUUGGCGCGCCGCAACUAUCGGGAUCGCCUUAUGGAAUGGAAAAUGGCCCAAUGUCAAGCAGUGAUGAAUGGCAAGACCGUGGAGCUGCCGUCACAGUGAGGCAAGAGAUUGAUGCAAAUGGGAAGCCGGUCGCGCGGUACAUAAAGAAAGGGGUUCGGGAUUUCUCCUUCGGCCAGACCCUCGGUGAGGGUUCGUACAGCACCGUCGUACUGGGAACAGACCGUCAAACCCUCAAAGAGUAUGCAAUCAAGAUUCUGGACAAGCGCCACAUCAUCAAAGAGAAGAAGGUCAAGUAUGUAAACAUCGAAAAAGACACCCUCAAUCGCCUCACCGACCAUCCAGGGGUUGUCCGGUUAUACUAUACUUUUCAGGAUGAACGCUCGCUAUACUUUGUCCUGGACCUUUGCAAAGGCGGCGAAUUGUUGGGUGUUCUGAAGCGGAUGACUACAUUUGAUGAAGAGUGCACGAGGUUUUAUGGCGCGCAAAUACUAGACGCAAUUGACUACAUGCACAAGCGCGGUGUCAUUCACAGAGACCUGAAACCGGAGAAUGUUCUGCUGGACAGCCAAAUGCAUGUCAAGGUCACCGAUUUUGGUACAGCGAAAAUACUCAAGAGCAACCCAGCCUCUCAAAACUCGAGUGGGAUCCCAGCACUAGACUCUGAUAUUCCCGAGGAGGAGCGUGCCAGUUCAUUCGUCGGCACGGCUGAAUAUGUCAGCCCCGAAUUAUUAACAGACAAAAAUGCGUGCAAAGCCAGCGAUCUGUGGGCUUUUGGCUGCAUCAUUUAUCAGCUUCUGGCGGGGCGACCACCUUUCAAAGCUGGCAAUGAGUACCAGACUUUCCAGAAGAUUGUUGCGCUAGAGUAUGAAUUUCCGUUAGGGUUCCCUAGCGUCGCUCGCGAUCUUGUCGAGCGCCUCCUCGUUCUCGACCCGGCCCGCCGUCUUCCGAUCGAACACAUCAAGAACCAUGAGUUCUUCGAGGGAAUCAAUUGGGGUACGGACCUGUGGAAACAAAAAGCGCCGCGGUUGAAAGCUUACACCCCCCCACCUCGUGAGCCCAUCAAACUCAAUGGGGGCUCGGAUGGGGACAGCUUUCCCCCCAGUAUCAACACAGCACCUUCGAAUACGAGCUCCCGUGUGGUGCCCAGGCUGAUCACUGAACUGCCGGCCCCCAGCCAACUGGAUAUUGAGUGGUCUCCUGUGCUGACAAAAGACAAUGAAAGGAUCCUGAAGUUAGGAAACCUAAUCGUUCUGUCAUCUCCAGCCUCCCACAGCCCUGUUUCUAAGCACGGGGAAUAUGAAGCCCCUAAGAAAUUCUCGCGUUUCUUCGGAGGUAGCACGACAAAGAAGCGACAACGGCUGGUCAUGAUUACCUCCUCUGGUCGAAUCAUCAUGGCCGCAGCUGGUGGUGACGAAAAGAAAGCAAAAAUGGAACUUUCCCUGCUUGCCCCAGGGACGCACUAUCGCACAUCUACGGACGCCAAAGGGGUAUCAUGUUGGAUAGUGGAUACGCGCGAGAAACACUUUGUCUUCGAAGACCCCAAACCGUCAUCAAGCAAUGCAGGCACAACCGCGAUAUCUGCACAGGACUGGUUGGAUACCCUCGACCGAGCACGAGAAAUGGCUUUAGCGCAGCAGCACAAUGGCCAAUACUCUGCCGAUGAUGCAUUUCGAGACCUAUCAUCCGGGUUUUCAAGUCCCGCCAACACUCUAGACCGGGCGGUAGAAGCUUCUCAUGAAGUAGUACCACAAGGACGAGCCACCCUUGUUAAACACCAAGGGAACGAUUCCGAAUCUAUCAAAGGAAAGAAGCGAUUCAGUCGGCGCCAUUCGAAGAAUGGCCUGGCUGCAGUUUUCUAG